AUGUCAAAUCAAGUGAUUGUGUCGAUCUUGAUAUUUGUUGUGUAUUUGAAUAUUUCAAGAGCUUCACAUGAUUUAGUGAGUGUGAGUGAAUCAAGAAGAAAUCCAUCCAUUUUUGAAACUCAUCUAAAUGAGUCAAAAAUCAACAUACUCUCUCUUUCCGUAGUCAAUAACAUGCCUUCUGGGUCAGGAGAGGUAACCAUGAUUUGCAGCUUUGAUAAUGGGAAGAGUCAUAAUUUGGAAUCUGGAAAACCUUUUACCUUUUUAUCCAACUUUGAUACAAAAAAGUGUGAAUUAAAUUGGGAGUCACACCAUUUAUUAUUCUUUCUAUAUGAUCGUGAUCAAGAAGGUGGAUUAGCUCAUCAAAAAGUAUAUUGGUCAGUGAAAAAAGAUGGUUUAUAUCAUAGUUGGGAUAAUCGCAGUUUUGAUAAAAAGGGAAAUUGGGAUACUGAGAAUUUUGAUAAAAAGGGAAAUUGGGAUAACUAA